AUGGCUAGCAAAGCUCCAAAAUCUCGAUGUUACAGUAAAACUGCGUCCGCCGACUUCCGAUUCGCUUGCACAGUUGGCCAGAAAAACAUCGGGGAAGGAUACACGCAAGCGAUUUUGAAAAAGCUGGGCAAAUCGCCGGGCAAGCACCAUUCGCGACAUGUUGCAGCGUCACAAAAAAUUCUCCAAAAGCGACGGCAAUUGAUGAAGACAUCAGCUUACAAGAAACGACGUAUGCAUUUGAAAAAGCUGCGGGCGGCUUUACGUCAUAGAAAGGAAAACGUCGAAGGCAUCACUUAUCAGAGCAAUGUCGAUCUUUUAAAUGAACUUGCAGAGGAAGACAAGACAGAUCUAGAGGAAGAAGACAAUAAUGACAUUGCUAUUGUUCUAUUAGAUUUAGAAACAUCUGGCUUCGAAAUAAAUUGCGACAUUCUCCAAAUUGCCGCAAAAUAUGGCAAAAAUUUGUUCGAUAUUUAUGUUAACCCGGUUCAAGAUAUUUCUGUGAGUGCCAGUCAGGCGAAUGGUCUAACGAGCUGUUACGGAGAACUCAUGUACAAUGGUCGACAAGUUCCAUCUGUGCCGAUAAGAGCUGCGUUGGGAAGUUUACAUGG